GCUGUGAUAAACCCUAGGGACAGGAGAGCAAGACCACCAGCGGGAAGACGCAUGUUUCACUGUUGGAGAGAACGGGGGAGAGAAGGCGACAAGAAGAUUGGGUAAUAUUUACGCUUCUCGUAUGCACGGACCCAGCAUCAUUCGAAGCCAAAAGAACGAGGUGGUAUUUUGUGGUAUAGAAGCUCCCUCUUGGAGUCCUCUGUUGCUGAUCUAGCAAGAACAAUGGGUUUUCUCAAUAUGCUCCAGAUAAUAGUACUUCUUCUACUGUGGUCCUCAGCUCGCAUCUCAGGAUCCCAGGCUGUCGAGAUCGGAGUUAAUUUCCCAAAAAGUACAGCCGAGCCGCUGACGCGUCAGGGCAAGGAUCGACCGCGGGGAGAAAAUCAGGGGCUGUACAGAGUUAGAGAGAAGAAAUUCUCCUCAAGCCAGCUCAACGUGCUCCUUGUCAUCCUCCUGCUCUUCUAGGUGUUGCAGACACACUGGUCCAGAUGGAGACCGACAAGGGUUCUCGCCCGACUGUCGUGCUGGUGCCCGAACCCAGCCCCAGCCCCAACGAUCCACUGAAUUGGCCCAAAUGGCGCAAGUACCGGAUUCUGGCGGUGCUCUGCUUGGCCUCCUUCUCGGGGGCUAUUGCCCCCCUGUCGGGUCAGCUCAAUCUGGUUCAACAGGCUCAAAUUUAUGGCAAA